AUUUAGGCAAAAUUUUUAAGGGGAUAAUGCUAUAAAAGGCACUGCAUCUGUUAAAUAUCUGCUGUUGUUGUAUACUUCUAGGGGAGUAAGAAGCAUUUCAGUCAUGCACAUUGUUUGGAGUAACGCAACAUUGCUAAAUGAGGUUAAAUAUUUCAAAUUUAUCUUUUAAGGAGUUGAUAAAUAAUAAUAAGAAUAAAUAAAAGGUCUCAGUUGGUGAAAUGCAGCAUGUCAACCCACCAUUAUGUGCUUUGUUUGAUCAAACUAUUGUUUCAAUUUGGAGGAAAGCGAAAGCGUUAAAGUUCAGGAUAGGCUAGAUAGGGUUUCGUAUGAGCGAUAUUGGCAAGAUUACUGAAUGUGUCACUUAUGUUACUCAAUGCACCCUUUUCGCGAACUUCCAUCUGUAACACAAAACGGCUACGCAAAUCAUAUACUUCAAAGCUCAAUUGCUGAAUCACCUCUUAAUUCUCAUUUCGGAAAGUAUAGCUACAGAACUGGUAUGACAGUAACAACAGACGGUUACGUUCCUCAAACUACGUACCACAAUCAUGGACAUACUAACCACCAUAAUCACGUCCAUCAUGGCGUUCUGCAUCAUGUUCAUUCGGAUCUUAAUAAUCUUAUUCCGUCCAGCAUUGCACAAGAAAGUGCUCAAGUUCGUGUUUGGGAUGUUUGGGCCCACAACUUUCAUGAGGGCAUGCGUCUUGUCCGGAGACUUGUGCGGGAAAGUCGUUAUGUCGCUGUAGAUACUGAGUUCCCAGGUGUUGUUGCAAAAGUAUUUGGUGAGUAUGCCAAUAGUUUCGAACAAGCCUACCACAAUAUAAAAGUUAACAUCGAUAUGCUGAAGCCAAUUCAAAUAGGAUUUAGUUUUUUCGAUGAAAGUGGCCAGACGAUAGAUUCCGUCUCGACUGUCCAGUUUAAUAUUAAAUGGAAUCUUGACAAUGAAAUGCAUGCUGCUGACUCUAUUCAAUUGUUAGAAGUUUCUGGAAUAGAUUUUGAGAAGUUGAAGAGAACAGGAAUUGAACUUAGCGAUUUUGCAGAGGCUUUUCUUACCAGUGGUCUCCCACUUAAUGACAAGAUAACAUGGAUUGGAUUUCACAGUGCGUACGAUUUUGCUUACAUGAUGAAGAUAUGCACAGAUUGGAUGAGGAUGCCCGACAAUUUUCUGGAAUUCCAAAAGCUUUUGUUGAUUUUCUUUCCAAGAAUUGUUGAUUUAAAGUCUAUGAUGAGCGAACAUAAAUUCCCUAAGAGUGGAUUACAGGAACUAGCGGAUUUAAUGCGUGUACCACGUAUAGGCUUACAACACCAAGCCGGAAGUGAUGCAAUGCUAACAGGCGAAACAUUCUUUAGAUUCUUAGAGGUAAUUUCUUUUUACAUUUUUACUAACUUGCUUAAGGAGCAUGGUGGUGGUAAAAUUGAUCAAAGGGUUUUGAAUCUUGUGUACGGAUUAAACUAUUGCCCAAAUGGUGUUUCUAACACUUGGAUGCAAAUGAACGGCUCCAGUCCUCAACCUGAAAACGACUCUUCUACAAAUCACAUUUCAUCGUCUAUUUAUCGUAACAAUGUUCAUAGCGCCGAUCAUUCUGGUCGUACUUCACCUGCUGACUCUACAAGUGGCCAUAAGAGUAGUUAGAAUGUCCGUAGCAAAAACAGGGUGUCAUAUUUCUCUUUUUUUAUAACUUCAGGCAAGUGGAUGAUGCCCUUAUUCCAAUCCAAGACUUACUGGUUAGCAUUUGUUUUCUGCAUUUUGUAACCUAGAUCUCUCUUAAUAUUAUAAUAUAGCACCCAGCCUUAACUCUUUCAAUGUAAAUCACGGCUCAUCUGUGGCAGCUAACCUUAAAAUUGGCUGCUUAUCUUUUGCUUAGUAGUCUACUUCAACAUCCCAUUCGGUC